GCCUUCAGAAGUCAUCUUCAAAUCCACGCUUGGGACAAAGGCCUCAUAGUAUGGCUUCAUCCAGGGCAAAGUGCUCAGUAAGAGGCUCAGCAUCCACAAGCAACCUGUCAGGUAUUGAUCAAUCAAAUGGAAAAAGAAAUUCAAGAAAUACUUCUUCAACCGUAGACAUUACAAUGUCUUUACCUCAUUUGGCCAAAGAUUCUUCAGAUUCAAGUCUAGACACAAGCUCUGUAAACUGCAGUACAUCUACAUCAAAAAUGUCAAAUACAAGCAUAGAAGAUCGUAGACGGACAGUCUUCAAAAAAUCCCUGGGAAUUAGAGCGGCGCCAUCCCAGUUGACUCUAAUCAAAUCUAGCAAGACAUCCAUUGUACAUCAUCCAAAUCCAUUUGCUGCCAAAAACGUCUACUAUGACAGCCGAUGGAUUGAUAAGCAAAUUCUCGGUUUCACGAAGUGGCUUAACUUUAUCCUGACUCCCCCAGAAGAGGAAGAUGUGGCUGAGGCUAUGAAGAAAGUUGAUAUGGGCAAGCUGUGGACAGAAGCAACAAAGAGAAUUCAGGUACAACAAGCGCCCACUAAAGAAGUUUUAUCACUGCGGGCCUACACGGUAGCAAGGAGGCUGAACCGUUUGCGGAGGAAAGCCUGUCGACUGUUCCAAAGUGACAAAAUUGUAGAGACUGUGUUUAAACUGGAAGUUGCUAUUGACAAGAAGUUAAUCAGGAUACGAGAUGACAGGAUGAGUCACGCAGAUAUGGAACUGAAGCAGCGGUUGUUGACUUUAGUGUUAUGCUACAAUCCAUUUUGGCUUCGCAUUGGAUUAGAGACCAUCUACGGAGAACUGCUUUUCUUGAAUAGUAACAGUGAUAUUGCUGGUCUAACACAUUUCAUCAUCACAAGACUCAUUGCUAAUCCAGAUAUAGCUGCAAAAUAUGCUCAUCCAUCUGUCCCCCACUCGUAUCGGGCUGGUUACGAUGAGGCUAUCAAGACCUUCCAGUUGAAGAAAUUCUUGCUUGUGGUUCUGUUCCUUGAUCAUGCCAAGACAGAAAGACUCAUUGAUCAUGACCCUUGCCUUUUCAACAAAGAAGCUCCUUAUAAGUCAAGCAGGGACAUCUUGAUUGCCUUUGCUCGCGAUUUCCUCUCUGGGGUUGGAGACAUCACAAAGCACCUGGGAUACUUAGGAUACGUCGUUAAGCACAAGCAGACCCACUUGGAUGAGUUUGACUUUGCUGUCACAAAUCUGGCUGUUGAUCUUCGUUGUGGUUUGAGGCUCACUCGUGUUUUGGAGAUGCUGACUCAGAAGUACACGCUCUGUUCCAAGCUGCGUGUCCCAGCUAUCAGCCGACUGCAAAAGCUCCACAAUACUGAGAUUGCAUUAGAUACACUAGAGUCCUCUGGUUGUCCUGGAGUCAAACAAAAGUUCCCUGCAAAGGAUAUUGUUGAUGGCCAUAGAGAAAAAACUUUAGGGUUGCUGUGGACCAUAAUCUUUAAAUUCCAGGUGUCAUUGGUGAUAUCGGAAACUCGUAUCUUCGAGGAAAUCGUGUACCUUAUGCGAUCCCUCAAGGUUCGAGCUCAACUUGACCCCACGGCUCGAACAGGUUUGCAGUUUGUUUUGGAGGCCCCCAAUGAACUGGAGAGGAUUAAAAGCCUCUCAGAUCCCAUGGAGAGAAUCCUAGGAUAUCUGAAACUCUGGGCACAAUAUACUUGUGCUCAUUAUGGUGUAGAGAUUGAAAACCUGACUGUGUCAUUUUCUGAUGGCCGGGCUUUGUGCCUCUUGGUUUACCAUUAUUUUCCUGAUCUGCUACCCAUUGAUCUUAUCAACUGGCAGACGACUCAGAAUUUACCAACUCAGGAAGCCAAUCCUAAUGUCUCCGUAGAUGAUAGUUUCUCAGAAGAAACAUACACAGAUACUUGCACUAAGGAGGAAUACAAUAGGCGUUUGGCCCUGGAAAAGGAGAAUUUUGGAGUAUUCAUUGAUAAGAUAUCAAAGCUCGACAGAAUUCCCAUGCUGAUAAAAGUAAGCGACAUGGUCAACACCAUACCUGAUGAGAAAGUCACUUCUACCUUCCUGUCGUACUUGUGUGCUCGUCUCCUGGACCUCAGUGAGGAGGUGAAGGCAGCAAGAAUCAUUCAGAUGGCAUGGCGAAAGUAUCUUGCUGCCAAGAGGUUGGAGGAGCUCAAGGUGAAAACUGCGCAAGCAAUCAUCAUCCAAAGGUGGUGGCGUUCCGUGUGGAAAGCCAAGCAGAGGGAACUGUAUGCAAAAGCUGCUGUUGUCCUUCAGGCCAACUGGCGCAGGAAACGAGCCCAGUUGCUUCUACAGAGACUCAGAGAGCAAAAAGAAAGGGAGAGAAAGGACAAUGCUGCGCGUACAAUACAGAGAGUUUAUCGCAGAUAUAGUGCCUUGAAAUAUCUUCAGCAGUCUGAGGCUGCACAAACCAUACAGCGUAUGUGGAAGACUUACGUUACACGGAAGCAGUUCCUCAGAGAGAGGUGCGCUGCUGUUAAAAUCCAGGCUUAUUUCAGGAGCUGGAAAUGUCGAAGACAGUUCCUCCUCACGAAACGGACAAUUGUGAAGAUCCAGCGAGAUUACCGUCAGAAGCUAUUAGUACGGAGGCUGAAGCACGAAUACUCCAGGAAACGGGAGGCUAUUGUUUUACUGCAGUCGUGGUGGCGUGUGUAUCUAGCAAGGAGAAGGGCCAGAGAGAUAGCCAGAGAAAAAAGGGCAGCUUGCAUUAUUCAGAACUAUUUGAGAAUGUGCCAGCAAAGAAACAGGUUCUUGCGGACCAGGCAGUCUGUUGUUGUCCUUCAGAAGCACACACGUAAGAUGCUCUGCCAGCAGAAGUUUAGGAAGAUGUACAGUGCAGUUCUGAUGCUUCAGAGAUGGUGGAGAACUGUGCAGAUGUCCAGAAUGAUAAAAGAACAGUUCACAGAAUUGCGCAUUGUCACCAUCAAGUUGCAAUCCCACAUUCGCAUGUAUUUGGUGAGAAAGAGAUUUAUUAGAAUCAAAUCUGCUGUAUUAACAAUUCAGAGACAUUACAAGAUGGUGAAGCAGAGACAAGAGUACAACAAAAUAAGAACUGGAGCUUUGGUUAUACAGAGUUGGUGGAGAAGCACAAAAUUAAUGCAUUCAGAAAGAGUGAAUUAUAUUCAGUGUCGCAAUGCAGCUAUAAAAAUUCAGUCAGCAUUUAGGGGUUAUAUUGCUCGUAAGACGCUCAAAAAAAGCGUGCUGGCAGCCUUAAAGAUACAAACUUUUUACCGCACGCAGAGGCAGAGAAAGCAGUAUUUGAGACAGAGACAGGCAGUUCUUACUGUGCAGAGAUACAUCCGUGCAUGGUCAAUGAAAGAGAAGGAAAAACGAAGAUUUAAUGAGCUAAAAGCUGCAGCUGUCAUCAUCCAAUCUAAUUGGCGAGGGAGACAGGCAAAAAGAAAGUAUUUGAAAGCCAAGCAUUCUGCAACGGUUAUCCAAGCUUGGUAUCGUGGCCAAAAAAUUUACCAUAGUUUCUGUAAUAAAAAAGCUGCAGCUGUCACUAUUCAGCGAUCUUUGAGGUCAAGGAAUCUCAUGAUGCAGAAGAGGAGAGAGUAUUUAUCAAUGCGGCAAAACAUUAUCCGUAUUCAAAGUGCUGUUCGAUGUUGGCUUCAGCGAAGCAGGUACAAGAAAGUGCAGGCUGCUGUUGUGUGUUUGCAGAGAAGAUAUUGUGCACUCAAACAAAUGCGUAAACAAAGACAGGAUUACUUGUUACUGAAGAAGGCAUGCGUGAUAGUGCAAAGUAAUUAUAGGAUGAAGCGUCAGCGUGACCUAUAUGAAAAAAAGAGACAGGCUGCUCUGUUUAUUCAGAUGUGGUAUAGAACAUGUAAAGUGUCGCAAAAGGAGCAGUCCAUCUUUAAAUCUAAGAGGGAAGCCUGUAUAUUGAUACAAAAGUCUUGGAGAAUGCAUAGUCAAAGAUUGAAAUAUCAAAGAAUAAGGCAGGCAUGCAUUUCAAUACAACACAGGUAUAGAGCUCACAAACUAGGAGUGUCUGUACGUAAUGAAUACAUUAAAAAACAAAUGGCAUGUAUUACUUUACAGUCAUGGGUGAGGAUGGUUGUUACUAGGAAGAAGUUCUUAACUUUGAAAAAGUCUGCCAUCUGUAUCCAGAGGCACGUUAGAGCUAGAAAUGUAGGCAUGAAAUGUCAACAGGAGUAUCAAGAACUUAAGGCUGGAGCUAUAAAACUUCAGUCACUGUACAGAAUGCGAAAACAGCGCAGGGAGUAUCUGCACCUAAAGUCAGCUGCAGUCACCUUGCAGGAACACUUCAGAGCACACAUGAAAAUGCAGGCAGUUAGAUCAGCUUAUAUUGUGAAAAAGAAUGCAGCAGUAACUAUCCAGUCAAAGGUUCGUAUGUGGCUGACUCAGCGUGAGUAUGCAAGGAAAAGGGAGGCAUGUGUUAGGAUACAGGCAUGGUUCCGGUGUGUCCAAGCUUGUCGCUGUUAUCUGGCACAAAGAAAUUCUGUAUUGAUUAUCCAGAAAUACUUCAGAGCAUAUCUUUUACAAAGGAAAGCUCAAAGGCAGUACGUAACUACAAGGAAGGCUGUGAUUACUCUUCAAGCUGCUUUUAAGGGUUAUUUAACUAGAAAAAAUCUGAGAGAGAAACAUAGAGCUGCUACUGUCAUUCAAAAGAGGUUCAGAGGAUUGAAAAUGAGGAAUGCUUAUCUCACUAAGCUCAGAGCCAUAUCUGUACUUCAGUGCUCUCUGAGAAAUUACCUCAUUGGAAAGAAAACUAGGAAGGACUACCUAGAAAAGCGCUCUGCAGCAGUUGCCAUUCAAGCAUGUGUAAGGGGUCACAUUGUUAGAAAAAGAGUUCAAGAGAUGAAUAAUGCUGCAGUGGUUAUUCAGAAGACCUGGAGGAUGUAUUAUAUUUGCAAAGGCUUCCAAAAGAAAAAGAAAGCAAUAGUCACAAUACAAAGAGCUUACCUGAGUUACUUAUUGACUAAAGCAGUUAUGUGUGAAUACAAGAAAAGCUACAGCUGUGUCGUGAAGUCUCAGGCUAUUGUGCGAGGUUUCUUGGUCCGGCAGUGUAUGAAGAAGCAAAUGUAUUCUGCUACUUGCAUCCAAGCAUAUUUCCGGUCAUAUUGCGUAAGCAAACAAUAUGUUUUAAAGCGAAAGGCUGCUAUUAAAUUGCAGGCUGCUGCUAGGGGAUUUUUAGUAAGGAAGGCAUUACGGCAACAAAGAGAUGCUGCCGUAGCCAUCCAGUCCAGUUUCAGAAGGUGGCGAGAGUGCAGGAAGUACAAAGAGAUUUGUAAUUCUGUGCUUGUAAUACAGACUCAUUGGAGGGCUACGUUGCUCAUGAGGGAAACUCUUACAAACUACCAUACAAUCAAAGGUGCUGUUCUUGUGAUUCAGAGUGCAUGUAGAGGUUGGAUUGCCAGAAAACACAUAUUGAAGCAACAUAGAGCAGCAACGGUUAUCCAGGCUCAUGUCAGAGGUCUUUCACAGUAUAGGAAGUAUGCACAGCUCAAGUUUAACACCGUUCAUAUUCAGCGAUGGUGGAGAAACAUUCAGCUUGGUAGUAAGGUUCAGGAGAAUUAUGUGUUGAAAAAGAAAUCUGCCAUUAUUAUCCAAAGCUAUUUCAGGAAAUACACAGCAAGGAAAAGGUACAAAGAGUCUCACACCUCUGCCACAAAAAUACAGUCAUUCUAUCGAGCCUACCGUCAGCGACAGAUUUAUAUAAAACAAAAGCAAAGUGUAGAAAUUAUCCAGGUGUGGUGGAAGAGUUAUUUGCGAAUGCAGCAUGAAAAGAGGGAGUACGAUAGAUUCAGGCAAGCCGUCAUUCUUUUGCAAGCUGGUGUUCGUGGUAUGAAAGCCCGAAGGGAAAUGAAGAUGAGACAUGAAGCAGCAGCCAAGAUUCAAGCAAGAUUCAGAGAAUGGCUUGCUAGAAGAAGGUACAGCCAAAUAAGGCAGUCCAUAAUCAAAUUGCAGGCUCAUGCGAGAGGACUGUUAGUGAGAAAGCAGAUUGAAGUACAACAUAAGGCUGCUGUUGUGAUUCAGUCGCGUUUCAGAGGAUACCGGAUGCGUAGAGACUUCAGAUUACUAUACUCAAGUGCUGUAUAUCUACAGAGAUGGUGGCGAUCUAUCACUGAAAUUCGUAAGCAACAGAAAGAAUUCAAGAGAGCGAAGGAUUCUGUUGUGAGACUCCAAGCUCACAUUAGAGGCAUGCUUGUGAGAAGGAAGGAGAGUCGACAGAAACAAGCAGCAACAGUGAUUCAGUCGUAUGUUAGACGUUGGAUAGUGUCGAGAAGUUAUCAUCAGAGAGUUUUGGCAGCAAUCCAAAUCCAGAGAUGGUACAGGUCUCUGAAAAAAGCUAAAUAUCAACAGAGUAAAUACCAGAGCUUAAGGAAGGCCACUGUUUUAAUACAAGCCUCUUACAAGGGUUUUGUAGUCAGAAAGAACAUAGCUGAACAGAGAGCAGCUCAGGUGAAAAUUGCUUCUCAUUUCAGGGGAUGGCAGGUUCGUAAAACGAUAAAGUUCCAGCAAACUGUGAGAAGUGCAAAAAUAAUACAGACUUGGUGGAGAGCCACUUCACUUGCGAGAGAACAACAAAGUCAGUAUUGCAGAGUGAAAAAAGCUACUAUCCUUAUUCAGUCUUACACUCGGGGAAUGAUUGCUCGUAGUGACAUGAAGAAAAAGCACCGUGCUGCUCUCACUAUUCAGUCUUGCAUCAGAGGAUGGUUGCAGAGGAGGAAGUACAUCCGUUUGUGCCAUUCUGUUACUAAGAUACAGUCAUUUGUGAAGUGCUAUCAGGCUCGUAGGAGAUUCCUGCUGAGAAAAGAGAAGGCUAUUGUCGUUCAGAAAUGGUGGCGAGGUUUAACUGAAACUCGGCGCCAGGUUGAGGGGUACAGGGAAAUUAGACAAGCAGUUGUAAUACUUCAGGCGAGUGUCCGAGGAAUGAAAGUACGCAGGGAAAUCAGAAAGCAGUGUGCAGCAGCUGUCAAAAUUCAGUCAUAUGUACGACGUUGGUUGAUUUGUAGAAAGUACACUAAACAAACCCAUAGUGUCAUAAAGAUUCAGAAGUGGUGGAGGAGCAUAGUGAUGACUCGUUCACUGAGUGCAGAAUACAGACAGAAAAAAGAGGCUGCUGUUGUCCUUCAGGCCUAUGCUCGAGGCAUGAUGAUCAGAAGAUCUUUUGUGCAGCAAAGAGCCGCAGCUAUCAAGAUUCAGUCUUGGGUACGUUGUUGGUUGUUGAGACGUCAGUACAAAGCUAGAAUGACUGCAGUAGUUAAAUUACAGCGUUACUGGCGAGGUGCUUACCUAACACUACGGACACAAGAACAGUUCAUUUACAUGAGGAGAGGGGCAGUCAUUCUUCAAGCAGCUUGGCGAGGAAGGCAAGUCAGAAAACAAGUCAAACGGCUGAAAGCAGCUCGCUGCAUUCAGGCCCAUGUACGUGGUUGGCAGGUCCGGAAACGCUUAAGGGAGAGACGUAGUGCUUCCCUACAAAGAAUCGUCAGAGUUACAAAAAUCCAUAUGUCUGCAAUUGUGAUCCAACGCUGUUACCGCCGUUAUGUAACAAGAAAGAUUAUGCAGAGAAACAUCACACAUCUUGUUAAAAUACAGCGCUGGGUUCGAGCGAAAUUGGAGAGAUCUCGAUUCUUGAAGAAACAGGCUAGUGCUGUCAUCAUUCAGAGAGCUUGGAGGAAAAAGAUGGAGGAGAGGAAGGAGAGACGUCGAAAUCAAGCUGCACUCACCAUACAGUCAGCUUGGCGUGGUAGAUUCACAAGGCAAUCUCUGGGCGGAAAGAAGCUGGAGGAGAUUCGCAAACGUCUUGCUGUAGCUACCCAUGAUGCAACAGAUUCCAAACGCAUCGGCUACAAAACAGAGUGUGCCAUCAAUUUCCUCCUGAUGUACAAGGACCUUAAGCGCUUACUGAUUGCAGUCAUGUACUUGGACACCAGCACACGAUGGUCCCCACCAUGUUGUGUGAAACUUACAGAAAGUGGUGCUCUUAAGAGUCUUGUUUUUAUAUUGAGAACAAGUAACAGAUCAGUGCCACACAUGGAUAUAAUCAGUAAUGUUCUGGAUGUAUUCAUAAAUCUGUCAAAGUACCACACCACUGCACAGGCUGUACAUACGCUUGAUGGUUUGUUCCCGUCGAUAAUCCAACUGAUGACUAUAUAUUAUGAGAAGUGCCCUGAUAUAUUUUGUAAAUGCUGCACGCUGCUUUACGUCUUUGCAACGUCGUCUCCCCCUCACCAGGAAAUGGCCAGUGCAAAGGUAAAAGAAAAUCUAUCCAGCUUGAAAUCCCUCAUGAUCAGGAAGGAGAACGCUAGCCGUCGAGGCCAGCGGCCAAUUAAGUAUGUUCCGUUACCCCCAUCUCAGUUGCCGAGUUUGAAACCAGAUUGGUUCUUGAGAGGUAACAGAUCGAGGCAAUUUAACAACCCUAUUGUGGCCAUAGUCACACUUUUAGCAAGAUUAGAAGGGAAUGCAUAAUGUAUUUAUGCAUUUUGGUUGAGAGUUUUAUUAUAAGAUCAUGUACAGUAUUUUCCCCCAUUUUAAGAUUUCCUUAUAGGUCUUUCACCUUGCAUUAUAUGUUCUGUCAUUACCACGUUUCCUUCCAAGAUGGAUGAUAUUCAUAAUUUCAUCAGACUGUAAUAUAUUCAUUUAACAUUAACAUUCUUAUUCAUUAAUCUUUCAGGAUGAAAUUCCUUUUCAUGAGUACUUGCAAGAAUACAUUUUUUGUUUCUAAACAUUUAACCUUUUAUUUAGUACACAUCUGUUUUUGAUUACUCAGUUUGGAAAAGUGGAAGGGGGAUAACUUGCAAAUGUAUCCCUUGUCUUUGUACAAUUUUGUUAAAUCUAUUAUUUUUACUGUUUUAUUGUUUGGUCUUAAAAAUACUUUUUACAAUUCUGCCUUUUUUCAUGUUAUUUGUUUCCGUUUUUAUUAGAUUUAGUUGCAAGAGUUAUGUAAAAAGCCUGACUACCAAAUCGUUUAUUAUUAACUUAUACGUAAUUCAUAUCUCCAUAGAACUGUCAUUGGUGUUCCAUUAACCUGCCCCAUUCUAUUCACUGAGUAAACAUGAAUAGUUUCUUUCUGUGCUUCGUAGUUUUCUGUGGAGCCAUUGUACAAAUGCCAUGAAUGUUUGAUAUUUGCUCUCUCAGAUUUGGUUCAAUUGCUUUUAUAUGAGUACUGUUGAUAUUGUACAGGCAUAUGUUUUUAGACAGAUAAAUAUCUUUUAAACUUGUUAACCUUUAGUAUGUGGUCUUGUCCAUUUUAUCCUUUAUUAUAAAUUAUUUCCUGAGGAUAUAGGCCAUUAUAUUUUUUCCUUUUGUAGAUUGAAUGUUAAAAUGUUUUCAGUUACACUGCAUUUCAUUAAGAUCCACUAGCUUAUUUGAUCAGUGCUGAGUUAGAUUUUAAACAUUCCACUUCUUUUUUACAAUUUAGUUGUAAUGGUUUUUAUGUAUAUAGGAUUUUUGGUUGAUAUUCAUAUGUUUAUCAAAUAAGAAAGCAUUAUUAGUUUCAAGAAUUAUGUUUGCCUUGCUUUAUUCAUAUUCUACCACAGAAACUGUACCUGAUAUAUACACUUUUUGAUGAUAAUGUUGGUUCAUGUCCUUAUUUUUCCUUAUUCUCAUCUUAAUGGACAAGAAAAGUGAAUAAAUGAUAUAAAUUUUA